AAACUACGCCUACUCUAUCUUUUAUGAUGAUUUGUUGAUUUCAGGUUAAAUCAAUUCUUCAUCGUUUAAUAUAGAUUGUUGUCGUGGUAUCUUAUUGCGGAUUAGUGUUACUAAAGACGAGUUCUAGUAUAAUCCAAGAUUCGCAUGAGUAACUUUUUUGGUCGGCGAAAAAGUUUUUAUUCGUAUUUAAUCACCGCACGAGCAUUUCUUUCAAGUAGAAACGUAGUCGUUUACCAAUACAGAAAAAUAAACAAAACGAUUAUUUCAUGCAUAUAUUCGUGCUUUAUAGAAUUGGCCUCAGGCCAGAAUGACUAUAUAAGAGAUUUUAGAGUUUUAGUGUUUGUAUGAAAGACGACGUCUAUUGGCUGGCUAUUCUCCGCCUCUUUCUGUCUUGUGUGGAGAGAGUCUUGUGUAUAGACGAUACGUGAUCGAAACUGUUAUCGGGACAUGUUUCGCCGCUAUGUAUUUCUUAUACAGCAUGAUGAAGCAGUGGAACGUUUUUGAUAAACAGACAAUUAGAAAAGCUAAGCUUUAUGAUAGGAUAAACACUCGUUCCUAUAGUCCUGUAAAGUGCCCUCCAUCUGAUGCUUUGACUAGAGCAAAAGAAAUCAUGGAGAGUCUUCAAGAUUGUCCUCCAGAUUUGGCUCCCGAGAUUGAAGAAUUAAAAACUAUAUUGUGUGAACCUCAUUUUCGAGCUUUACUUCAAGCACAUGAUGUUGUAGCACAUGAAGUUUAUGGUGAAGAUGCCAUUCGAGUAACACCACCACCCAUUUUACCCUUUCUGAAUGGUAAUCAAGAAGGUGAAAGCAUUGGUGAAACUGAAAUGGAAAAUGUAACUAGAGUUCGGCUUGUACAAUUUCAGAAAAAUACUGACGAACCAAUGGUAAGUAAAAUAAAUUAACAGAAAUUAGGUUUA